AUGGGAUUCCUCACAUUAUUUCCUCUAUUGUCCUUACUUUCUCUCGUCCCAGCAUUGCCACUACUAGAGACGCAGGAAGCUGCCAAGUUCCGGUAUCCAUGGAAAGACUUCACACUCAGCAACCUCGAGACCGUCUGUCGUAAACAGAACGGAGACGAGCGGUACACUUGCACCCUCAAAUUCGACAUUUAUGACUUCAACACGGAAGACGUCGUGGAAGUCAGCGGAGCACAUUGCGGCACGGCCUGGCGAUGGGACGGCGUCACCCCAAACCAGGGCCCCGAUAACAACUACCCCAGCAACGGCGUCCUCUGCUGGAGCGCCGGUUCAGACGCCUUCCAGUUCAGGGUGGCAAAGUUUCGUUCCGCCUCGAACUUUGAACUCUACAUCAACCACUUUUACAGGGACACGCGAUACUUCAAGCCGCCGUACGACGGGAGAAAGGCUUUGGUAAAUAUUAUCAUCCCAGAUGCCCACCCCCUUCCACCAAUGGCGCCGGGCGCUUGGUCGGAAGAACUUUCCGUCGUGUUUUAG